UUUCCUUUUUGAAGUCCGAGUUCAAGUGGCGUUGCGUUGAAAAUGCUGCGUACUAUUGUUUUCCGAAAUUUUUCGCAAGUUUAUCGCAUCUCAACAUGCAAUCAUUCAACGAUUCCUUCACCAAAUAUUAACCCAAACGUUUACUACAACAAGAUCUUCAUUAACAAUGAGUGGCAAGAUGCAGUAAGCAAGAAAACGUUUCCAACCAUCAAUCCAGCUACUGGUGAAGUUAUCUGCCAUGUGGCGGAGGGGGAUAAGGCAGAUGUGGAGAAAGCUGUCAAGGCUGCAAGAGAUGCCUUUAAACUUGGAUCUCCAUGGCGACGCAUGGAUGCAUCACUUCGUGGACUGCUGUUGAGCCGCUUAGCAGACUGCAUAGAGAGAGAUGCUGCCUAUUUAGCCGAACUAGAGACUCUUGACAAUGGAAAACCAUAUGCAGUCUCCUAUAGUGUGGACGUGCCUAUGGUGGUCAAAACCUUGAGGUAUUAUGCUGGUUGGGCAGACAAAUGGGAGGGAAAGACCAUUCCAGUUGAUGGUGAUUACUUCUCCUACACAAGGCAUGAGCCCAUUGGAGUGUGUGGCCAAAUUAUCCCUUGGAACUUCCCUUUGGUGAUGCAGUCGUGGAAGCUAGGCCCUGCCCUGGCUACAGGAAACACAGUGGUGAUGAAAGUGGCAGAGCAGACACCUCUCACCGCCCUCUAUGUUGCCAGCCUGAUCAAGGAGGUGGGUUUCCCUGCUGGAGUUGUCAACAUUAUACCUGGAAUGGGUCCCACAGCAGGGUCAGCCAUUGCCUCUCACAUGGAUGUAGACAAAGUAGCAUUUACUGGCUCCACUGACGUAGGUCACCUCAUCCAGCAAGCCUCAGGUACCAGUAAUCUGAAGAAAGUUACCCUGGAGUUGGGUGGCAAGAGUCCAAACAUCAUUUUAUCAGAUGCAAAUAUGGAAGAGGCUGUGGAGCAGUCCCAUUUAGCCCUCUUUUUCAACCAGGGCCAGUGCUGUUGUGCGGGCUCUCGUACCUAUGUACAGGAGAGUGUCUAUGAUGAGUUUGUAGAACGAAGUGUGGAGAGAGCCAAGAAGAGAGUUGUGGGAGAUCCCUUUGACUUGAAAACAGAGCAGGGACCCCAGGUUGAUGAAGAACAGUUCCACAAGAUUCUUGGCUACAUCAGCAGUGGAAAGCGUGAGGGUGCUAAGCUCAUGUGUGGUGGUGGGAUUGCAGCUGAACGUGGUUACUUUAUCCAACCUACUGUCUUUGGGGAUGUUCAAGAUGACAUGACAAUUGCUCGGGAGGAGAUUUUUGGGCCAGUGAUGCAAAUCCUGAAGUUUAAGUCUUUAGAGGAGGUACUUGAGAGAGCCAAUAAUAGCAAAUAUGGGCUUGCAGCUGCUGUUUUCACCAAAGACAUUGACAAGGCCCAUUAUAUCUCUAGUGGCCUGCGUGCUGGCACUGUCUGGAUUAAUUGCUAUGACGUGUUUGAAGUUCAGGCUCCUUUUGGAGGCUAUAAGGCCUCAGGAAUUGGUCGCGAGUUGGGACAAUAUGGACUACACAACUACACAGAAGUCAAAACGGUAACAAUUAAGGUUCCUCAGAAAAACUCAUAAAUGGAUGUUCAAAAAUGAAAAUUCAGAAAUUCAUUUACAGAAGCUGCCAUCUAAUAACAAGAUUUGUCCCAUGCAUUUUUGGAAUAUAUUAGUCUGAUUCUCUUUUAAUAACACACUAAGUAAUGUGUUUAUGAGUAAAGUUUCUUCAUUGAAAUGUAUGCAUUGAUUUUCUAACAAGCAAAUUCAAGCAUUAUACAACAGAGUGCCACAUGUAUUUGUGGUUAAAAAUUACUUUAAUAGGGUAUUGAUUUUCUGUUCUAUUCAUUUCCUGUCUUAUGAAUGAAUGUGAUAUUUUUGUCUCUUUUUCUUUUUCUUAUGUAAAAGCAUACAGAAAAAAAUAAAAGAAUAUCAAACACUAA